GUGACGAGAGAUCUCUCACCUCCCUCGACAGCCGGAUGCCCGCGAGCACAUCCUUGGCGUUUUCCGACCUGACCGAGGAGUUCACAGAUGGCAUGCAAGAGGAACUUGUUAGGGAAAUUGAAGAACUUAGGUCGGAAAACGACUAUUUGAAGGAUGAGAUGGAGGAGCUACGCUCUGAGAUGUUGGAGAUGCGGGACAUGUAUAUGGAGGAGGACGUGUAUCAGCUCCAGGAGCUCAGACAACAGCUGGACCAGGCUAACAAAACCUGCCGAAUCCUACAGUACCGUCUCAGGAAGGCUGAGAGACGCAGUCUCCGUGUCGCCCAGACUGGACAGGUGGAUGGAGAGCUUAUCCGCACACUGGAGCAGGAUGUCAAGGUGGCGAAAGACGUCUCUAUACGGCUACACAGUGAGCUGGACUCUGUGGAGAAGAAGAGAAUGAAGCUGGAACAAGAGAAUGAGGAACUGCGUGUGAAACUCCAGGAUCUGGAGGUGGCCAAGCAGGUCCUUCAGACAGAGUUGGAGAAGACCAGAGAGAAUUCUCUGAAGAAGAGAGGAGCACGGCCAAACAACAAGCCAGAGAAAAAGUCAUCCCCUCAGCCUCCAGAAGACAACUCAGACCUCAAGUGCCAGCUCCAUUUCGCCAAAGAAGAGUCAGCCCUAAUGUGCAAAAAACUCACCAAAAUGGUGAAGGACAAUGAGGCCAUGCGUGAGGAGCUAGCUAAAUACCGCUCGCUCUACGGUGAAGUGGAUGCCUCAUUGACGGUUGAAGAGGUUGCUGAUUCACCUCACACCCGUGAAGCAGAAGUCAAAGUUCAUCUGAAGCUAGUAGAGGAAGAAGCCAACUUGUUGAGCCGUAGAAUCGUGGAGUUGGAGGUGGAAAACCGUGGCCUUCGUGCUGAAAUGGAUGACAUGAAGGCUCAGGAAUCUGGCGUUUCAACCAGUCUUGGAAGUCAUCUGUUGCUGCCAGCGUCAGCUGAAAAUGUGAUGGAACUGCAACGUCACCUGCAGUUUGUAGAGGAGGAAGCUGAUCUGCUCCGUCGCUCACUUAUGGAGAUGGAGGAGCAGAACAAGCUUCUGAUGAAUGAGCUCAACCGCUAUAAGUCUGAAAUUCCCAUUGAUGCUGAGAUAGAAACCUCCACAACUUCCUCCUCGCCACUUCUUCUGUCCUCUUCAGUCCCACUGUCAGAGGAUGGAGGACCCAGUGAGGCAACUCAAGAGGAGCUGCUGGCAGCAAGGCUCCAGAUUGGAGAGCUAAGUGGGAAGGUGAAGAAGCUUCAAUAUGAGAAUCGUGUUCUUCUCUCCAACCUGCAGCGAUGUGACUUGGCCUCCAACCAUACCACUACCCGUCCAGCCCUGGAGACCGACGCUGAGGCUGGGGAUUCAGCUGAGUGCGUGCCCAGUCAAACGCACCGUGAGGGCCCGGUGGGGGGUGAGCAGAACGACCCUCCAGAGGAGGAAGAAAAAGAGGAGCGAGGAAAACAACAAACAACAAGAGGUGGCCUCAGCCUGAAGGACCAUGAAGCUCUGCUAGCCAUGAGGGACCAGGCACGACUGGUAACCGCGGCGAUCCAACUUCUGACAUCGCCAGACUCAAAUUGCCUGCUUACGUCCGAUUCCAUCUAUCGAAAGAUUGUAUGCGUGGAAGCUGCAGAGGAAAAGAACCAAUCAGAAAGCCUGAUUGAGGCUCUUAGCAGUAGGCUGCAGUCUCUACAGGCUCAGCUCCAGGACUUCACCCAACGGGUGGAGGCCCUGGGCGAAACUCCAGUGAGGGAGCAGGUGGAAGGGUCGUCCCCCGUGCCUUUGAGCCCAGAAUCAGGGGCCCCACCAAUGGCUCUUCCUUUUGCCUCCCUCUCCAGCUCUCCAGACACUCAGGUCAAUGAGAUCACAGCUGAACAGACGCCCGACUUUAGGGACCAAUCGGAGAGAGAGGACAAAUGCCAAGAACCACACCCAUGCAAAACAGAGGACGAGAGCAUCAUCCACAAAGACAGCAACAAGGAGCACUCACCAGAUUCAAACGAGACCAACCCUUCUCUGGUAUGUGAGCUGCAGGCAUUGCUGUUGGAAGCAAGGGAGAAAACACAGAGUGUUGAGAAGGAGUUGUCUCUGGAGAGACAAGCACACAGAGAUGAUACACAGAGCACCUCCCUCAAACUGUCUCAGCUGCAAGAGGAGCAUCAGAAGGUUCUUGUUCGGAAGGAUUUCCAGUUGCAGAGUUUGAGUCUGCAGUCUCGUCUGCAACAGAAGCUGUGGAGCCAGGAGAGAAACCUGCUGGUUCAGGAGUCUCAACAGCUCAAACAGAACCUUCUCCUUAUCAGUCUCAAACUGAGAUGGUUCCUAAAGCAGUGGAGACUGGGCAAGAAGCUGGAUGGAGAGGACAAGGAUAUCCUUGAGGUGAACAGCGUGAAAGAUCUUUACCUUCUGCUAGAAGAAGAUGGCCUGACUACCCUUCCAGGGGAUAACAAAAUGGCUGCCACUGAGGAGCAACCUCUCAGCCCAACAACCAAAGAACAUACAGCUCUAGAAAAGAGUCAGAAGCAGACUGGUGGGAUGAGCGGUACUUUGUCGGAUCUGAAAGAGGCGUUGCAGGAUCUCAGUGCAGAGCUCCGUGAGGAGCGGCAGGGGUCCCAGGAGCUCACCCAGCAGUUUGCCCGGGCCAAGGCUUCCUGGGAGGUGGAACGGACUGAGCUGAAGAGCCUCAUCACACAGCUGGAGGGUAAAGCAAGCAAAACUACUCUGGGUGCAAGUGAUAAAGAUCCUCCAGACCUGAAGGGGGCACUAAAGAGGGAGCGCGAGGAGCAUCAGCACCUCUUGGCUGACUCAUAUGCAGCAGUGAUGGACCUAACCAAACAGCUUCAAAUCAAUGAGAGAAACUGGAGCCGGGAGAAACUGGAGCUACUGGAAUGCUUUAACCAGGAGAGAGCCCAGUGGGAACAACGGCUCAGAGAGGCCCAGAGCAAAGGCACACAGUCUGUCGGUGAAAAAACAUUAGAAACAGAGACCCCAACCAAUGCAGACACAAAUGGGGCAAAUAUAAAGAGGGUCAAAUCAAUCACUUCUUUUUCUGACUCUGAAGACCAGCUCGAAACCAGUUCUGUCCUUCAGGGUCAAGAGGUGAUCAGAACAGAGAGGAAGGUUGAAAGGGAGCAUCCUAGCGACCCAGCCAGCAUUCUGACCCGUACCGACCUUGGAGACCUUAACCGGAAGAACUGGAAAUACCUGACGAAUGACUUGGCUCUGUUGGAGAAAGGUGACCCAUUUAAGACAUGGGAUUGCCCCAGCACCGGUACCAGCUUCCCUGGUCUGGAUCUGAGCCUAGAGAAGACCCAGAGAAGCUACACAGCACCAGAUAAAACAGGCAUCAGGAUCUACUAUAGCCCUCCAGCUGUACGUAGGAUGGAGCGGAGACCGACCAGGGAGGAGAAAUUCCAACAAGAGGUCAAGACAGGGCAUGCAUUCAUAGAAGCUGGGAUCACAGGUGGAGGGGAUGCAGUCAGCCAGCCUUCCUCAUCUCACUCUGCUUCUUCAACAUCAUCUUCGUCAUAUGAGCAGUGGCUUAGUUCUUUGUCCAAGCAGCACAGGGAUUUGUUGGAAGGCCAGGCAGGCCUGGAGAUAUCAGGAAACCUCAGCGAUGACAUGAAGGAGAUGACCAAUUGUGUCAGGCAGGCAAUCCGCUCUAGUUCGCUGGAGAGGAAGUGCAGCAAGGACGUCGGAAGCCAGACUGUGGGUGUGGCCACCACAGGGACACAGACGACCCAGUUUGUCAGUAUUGGCCUCCAGACAGAUGGACCUGCUUCCUCCACCUCCAGAGGGGCAGGGCUACAUGGGAAAGCAUGGAGUCCAAGGCCCUCCUCUUCACUGGCGUCAGCUCGUUCCCGUCAGAUCUCUUCUUCUCUGGAGAAAGUGCACAGCCGCAUCGAGAGACCGUGUUGUUCACCCAAAUAUGGCUCUCCCAAACUCACACGAAGGGCGUCCACUUCUUCUUCCAAACUGGAGACUUCAUCAACUUCGUCACGUGACCGGAGUGUGUGGAACCUGCACAACCGCAGCGGGCAGAAUGGUUCAGCUUGGGCUCGGUCCACGACAACCCGUGAUAGUCCUGUUCUUAGUGGUCUGAAUGAUGGCCUAUCCAGCCUCUUCAGUGUAGUUGAACAUUCUGGAAGCAUGGAGUCCCUCUGGAAGUCUGAUUGUGGCGUCGGCGCAGGAAGGCAAGCUGCUGGGAAGCCUUCCUGCCCCAGCAUUGGGAUUGGACUUGGAGAGCCUGGAAUGCACAAGUACGGCAUCGUUCAAGAGUUCUUCCGGAACGUGUGUAGCCGGACGCAGAUCCCUGUGGGCUCGGAGAAGAGGCAAAGGGAAGGCAUUCUCGUAGAUGAGCCAAAGCCAGAAUGUCUCUCUGGGGCUCUGUUAGGAAAUGACAAUGUCACAAAGAUAGUCAACAAGAGGUUCAUGAAGCAGACACAAGAUGACCAGGGAAUGACAGGCAAAGACUCAAACAUACGGGACACAAUGGCCACUAGUGCAAGCAACUUUGACGAUGGAGUGUGUGACUGCACUUCUCAGUCUCUCACAUCCUGUUUUGCUCGACCCUCCCGCUCUGCCACUCGCCACAGCCAGGGCCAGUGCAAGCACCGCCCCCAGGAGUCACCUAUGGCAACCGAGGAGAAAGUUAAUGCCAGUAACGAAUGACAAGAAGAGGAGGGGAACUCCUCACACUGCCACCAAACACAUGUGGAUGGAUAGAAAAACUGCCACAAAAUACACUGCCA